AAGUCCUGAAAAGCGAAUAGAUACCCUUCUCCUGGUUCCAGUCCUUCACUUCGGCUUCCGCUUUAUUCUUCGCCGGAGAGGAACACGAAACCCCAUGGCCGCCGCCGCAGUCGCCGUAGCCGAGCCUAAGACCAAGUACGAUCGCCAGCUCAGGAUAUGGGGUGAUCAAGGACAGGCUGCACUGGAGAAAGCUAGCAUAUGCUUGCUGAACUCUGGCCCUACAGGAACUGAAGCGUUGAAGAAUCUUGUGCUUGGUGGAAUAGGGAGUGUUACUGUCGUAGAUGGCUCCAAAGUCGAACCAUCAGACCUGGGAAAUAAUUUUUUGUGUAAUUCCCGUGUGAAUAAAGAAUGCUUGGGUCAAUCAAGAGCACAAUCUGUAUGUUCUUUUCUACAAGAGCUCAAUGAUGCUGUGAAAGUCAAGUAUGUUGAGGAGUCUCCAGGGACAAUGAUAGAUACAAAUCCUUCCUUCUUUUCCCAGUUCACUGUUGUCAUUGCUACCCAGCUUCCGGAGAGUUCUUUGUUGAAAUUAGAUGGUAUCUGCAGGGCAGCAGAUAUCGUGUUGGUUGCUGCACGUUCAUAUGGUCUAACUGGUCUUGUCAGGGUCAGCGUCAAGGAGCACUGUGUUAUAGAAUCAAAACCAGACCACUUUUUGGAUGAUUUACGGCUGCACAAUCCAUGGACCGAACUCAAGCAAUUUGCAAAAUCAAUUGAUAUAUGUGACAAAGAUCCUGUUGUGCACAAGCAUACUCCAUACAUUGUUAUCCUUGUGAGGCUUGCAGAAAAAUGGGCAGAUGCACAUGAUGGGAAAUUACCUUCGACCAGGCAAGAGAAAAGGGAAUUUAAGGACCUAAUUCGAGCCCAUAUGCUUAAUGUAGAUGAAGAAAAUUACAAAGAAGCGGUAGAAUCUUCAUAUAAAGUCUCAGUAACUCCAGGAAUCAGUACUGAAAUACGCCAGAUAAUUGAUGAUAGCUCUUCUGAAGUUAAUUUGUCUUCUUCAGAUUUCUGGGUAUUGGUAGCGGCUUUGAAGGAAUUCAUUGCAAAUGAGGGGAAUGGUGAUCUUCCUCUCGAGGGCACAAUACCUGAUAUGACAUCACAGACUGAGUAUUAUGUAAGCCUACAAAAGAUUUACCAAGCUAAGGCUGAAACUGAUUGUCUUGCCAUGGAGCAUCGUGUAAAGAAUAUCUUGAAGCGAAUUGGCAGACAUCCUGAUUCUAUUUCAAGGGCAUAUAUCAAAACAUUUUGUAAAAACGCUAGAAAACUCAGAGUCUGCAGAUACCGCAGUAUGGAGGAGGAGUUUAAUGCUCCGGUCAUUUCUGAAGUUCAAAAGUACUUCGCCGAUGAAGACUCUUGUUUUGCAAUGAACUUCUAUAUUCUGCUGCGUGCUGUUGAUCGACUUGCUGCCAACUAUAGCAGACUACCUGGAAUAUUUGACAGCACUGGAUUCACUAGUGAAAUUGAUGAGGAUGUGCCUAGGCUGAAGGUGGCUGCUGUGUCGGUGCUAAGCGACAUGGGUUUGAACGGAACAUCCUUGUCUGAAGACCUGGUUACUGAAGUGUGCCGGUUUGCGGGUGCAGAGAUUCACCCUGUCGCUGCCUUCAUUGGUGGAGUGGCCUCCCAGGAAGUAAUAAAGUUGGUCACCAAGCAGUUUGUGCCAUUGAUGGGGACAUUCAUAUUCAAUGGAAUCGACCUCAAAUCUCAAGUCCUGGCAUUAUAACAUGACUUUGAUCUCAAGUGCUGCGGAAUGGAGAUGCCCCUGAUUCUGGGGUCACGGCCUCGGUACAAUCAAAUCAUUUUGCCGCUGUACUUGGUCUGUACCGUCGUGCUUUGGGGUAGUGUAAUUCGCACAAUGAGUGGUUAGCAGUCAAGCAAUAUAUGGAACCUAUGGAGCCCUUAUCUGUUGUGCCCAUAUAUAUACCUGUACCAUUCCCACUUUUAGGCAGUGGAAUGUGAAUCGGUGCCGAAUGCGUGGCAACUGCAAGUCUUGGUGGUGAAGAAAAGGUUGCUUGAUUAUCAGUGAAGCCACCUAAAAGAAUCCUUCCAUUUGCCUCGAAAUAUCCUUGCUCAUAAAGCUACUUAAAAAUCAGCUGAAGAAACCUUUAUUAUC